GUGCCAUUAGAGAUACUUAGGAAGAAGGACUGAAGUCUUCAGUCAGUUUAUUUAUCGCCUCCAUCUGUAUAAACGCAGGAUGAAGAUCUACCAGGUCAUCUUCUUAGCCUACUUAUCAGCUCUGUGUCCUGUCACUGCUAAACUCAGCAUCUACACUGGAGGUACAGGAGGAAAUGGGACCAUCACCUGUAGUUUCUCAGAGCAAUAUGACUGGAAGUUCUUCUGUAAAAACGACUGUGAAGGAGAGGAUAUUCUUGUUAAAACAGACGGUGCCAAGGCUGUGAAUGACAGAUACAGCAUCAGUUACCAAGAGGUGUCCAAAGCAGGAACUCAGUCUAAGAAAAGCAGUUUAAGUGUGGCCAUCACAAACCUGAAGAAGUCGGACUCAGGACGCUACAGGUGUGGGCUUGGAGGGACCGACGCUCCGCAGUCUUACGCAGAUUUUGGGGUCAGAGUUGUUGAUGCUCCGAUUCAGGGAAACUCACGAUUUGCUGGUACAAAGGUUGAAGGAGAAAGCAAUACACGUGGAUGCAGUGGUGAUCCUGUCCCUGGAGGUUGGAUGUUCCUUUGUAGGGGAGACUGUGUUAAAGAAGAAGACAUUCUCCUUGAAAGCAAUAUCAGCGCCGCUCAGAGUGGCAGAUACAGCCUGGAAUAUACAGAAAAUUCAGUGUAUGGGCUGUACGUGACCAUCUCAAACUUGACCAGGUCUGACACUGGAUGGUACAGGUGUGGUUACGGCAGAGCGCUAUCUUCAGCUUCAUAUCGAGACUUUGCUCUCAUCGUCAUUUCUGAUCCCAGUUCCACUGAGAGUCCCAAAGUGACCACAGAGGAGCUUCCUGCUCCUGCCUCCACCCACAGCUACAUCCCAACAGAUCCCAGUACCACUGAGAGUCCCCCAGUGACCACAGAGGAGGUUCCUGCUCCUGUCUCCACCCACAGCUAUAUCCCAACAGAUCCCAGUACCACUGAGAGUCCCAAAGUGACCACAGAGGAGGUUCCUGCUCCUGUCUCCACCCACAGCUACAUCCCAACAGAUCCCAGUUCCACUGAGAGUCCCUUGGUGACAACAGAGGAGGCUUCUGCCGGUGAAGAGUGUCCCCUGCAAUGCAGCAGCCCCCCAACAGAUGGGCUGCUGUACGUGGUCGUAGUUCUGGUCAUCGUCAUCAUCGUCUUGGGGCUGGCGCUGACAAUAGUUUGUGCUCACAGGAACAUCAGACCCCAUGGUUUGAACAGCAGAGUAUACAGAGACAGCAUGAAUGUGGAGGUCCCCUCUAAUGAGUACCAUCUUCCUGUCUCUGGCUGUGAAUUGACCAUCUACGAUAAAUUAUGUCCAGCCAAAACGGACCAAAGCGACCCCAACCUCAGCUAAAAACCACAGGAUGCUGCUGUAAAUAUGAUUUAAUAUGUGAUGAUAUGAAUAUUUACAUUUAGACACUACCUGUAGCAAGAAUACUUUUAUAUUUUUAUAUGGUUUUUGUGUUAUUAUCACUUGUCUUUGAUUUACAGGGGUUGUACACUACUUUUUUUCUAUAUAUCCCUUGCAUGUCACGAUGAUUAAGAUGGCUUUCACCCAUGUUGAGGCAUUGUAGACUCAUUUCAAAAGCUUUGAUCAUAUCUUGUAGAUGGGUGUAUAUAGCUCUUGGUAUGCUUUUCCUUUCACCGACAUUAUCUUGUCACAUGACUUGUCAGGUGAUCCAGAUCAUACAUAUAUGGAGGUGUAUCCCCUGUAUCUCAUUGUCUGAUGAAGGGCUUAGGCCCGAAACGUCACAUGUGGUGAUAAUCUCGAUUAAAUAGCCCUUGGAGCAGCUUCUGGUGUGCGGACUCAUUUACCUGUUUCAUUUGAUUCACUCUUUUGGUCCAGCACCCAG